AUGCACUACUCGGCAAUUGUCCUCCUCGCUGCCCUGGCGGCCCAGACCACCGCUCACGGUGUCGUCACUGAGAUCCAGGGCGCAAACGGUGUGAACAUGCCCGGUCUUUCCGUCAUCGACGGCACUCCUCGCGACUCUCCGAGCCCCGCAUCAGGCGCCGAAGACGACACCUCCAUCAUCCGCGACCGCGAGCUCGGCGGCGAACGAGCCAGCGCCCUCGGCCGCACCAAGGGCGCCGGCCCCGUCGAUGCCGCCGCCGCCAUCGCCACCUUCAUGGGCAACGGCAACGGCAACAACGCCGCCGCCGCCGCCGCCGCUCGAUCCACCUCCAGCAAGUCGUCGUCGAAGCCGCGCCGCCGCCGCCACCGCCGCGGUCUCCUCUCCAACCUCCUCGGCGGCGGCAACAGCAACUCCAACUCCAACGGCAACGCCGCCACCACUUCAGACGGCACCAAAACCCUCGACGGCGCCUCCGAGCAAGGCGUCUCCAAAGCGGCGGGCGCGGGCGCCAACUCCGGGCUGCCGACGUGCGCCGACGACGGCACCAUCGCCGUGACGUACCACCAAGUGAACCAGGACGGCGCGGGCCCGCUGGCGGCCGACGUCGACGCCACGUCGGGCGGCACCGACCCGGCGGCCUUCGAGCCGGCGCAGGUCACGCAGGACGUGCCGGGCUUCGCGCUGGGGCUGUCGGGCACCACCACCACCGACUUCCCCGUCAAGGUGCAGAUGCCGCAGGGGAUGACGUGCGCGGGCGAGGUCGCGGGCGUGAAGAACGUGUGUGUGGCGAGGAUUAGGAAUGAUACACCUGCUGGCCCUUUUGGCGGUUCCGUCGCCUUCACGCAGAGCGCGGCUGCGAAGAAGCGCGCUGUCGAGUAUAACCUCCGCAAGCGCCACUUCGCCCGCGGCAUUCUGGGAAAGCUGUGA